AUGGUCAGCUCCUGCUGCUUUGCUCCUGCCUACUGCCAGCCAACAUGCUGCAAGACAGUCUGCUGCAGAACAACUUGCUGUGAGCCAACCUGCUUUGUGCCUAGUUGCUGCCAACCUUGCUGUCGGUCAUCCUGCUGUGAGUCCAGCUGCUGUCAGCCAACAUGCUGUAAGACAGUCUGCUGCAGAACAACUUGCUGUAAACCAAUCUGUUGUGAGUCCAGCUGCUGCCAACCUUGCUGUCAGCCAUCCUGUUGUGAGUCCAGCUGCUGUCAGCCAACAUGCUGUCGGACAGUUUGCUGGAAGAAAACUUGUUGUGAGCCAACCUGCUGUGAGUCCAGCUACUGCCAGCCUACCACCUGUGGCUCCAGCUGCUGCACACCUUGCAGCCAGCCAACCUGUUGUAAAACAGUCUGCUGCCAAACAACUUCUUCUGAGCCAACCUGCUGUGUGUCCAGCUACUGCCAGCCUACCACCUGUGGCUCCAGCUGCUGCACACCUUGCAGCCAGCCAACCUGUUGUAAAACAGUCUGCUGCCAAACAACUUCUUCUGAGCCAACCUGCUGUGUGUCCAGCUGCUGCCAGCCUUGCUGUCAACCAACUUGCUGCAAAAUAAUCUGCUACCAUUCACCCUGCUACAGCCCCAGCUGUUGUGGGUCCAACUGCUGCUCCCCAUCCUGCUGUUGA